GGUCUUGAAGUUAUUGAGUCAACCAACCUGAAGUACUUCACCAAGGAGAUGACUGCUGAGUUCUAUGCACUGAAGGGAAUGUUCUUGGCCCAGAUCAACAAGUCUGAAGAGGCAAACAAAGCCUUUUCUGCAGCUGUGCAAAUGCAUGAUGUGUUGGUGAAGGCCUGGGCCAUGUGGGGGGACUACCUGGAGAACAUCUUCGUGAAGGAAAGGCAGCUUCACCUGGGAGUGUCUGCCAUCACCUGCUACCUGCAUGCCUGUCGUCACCAGAAUGAGAGCAAGUCCAGGAAGUACUUAGCAAAGGUCCUUUGGCUGCUGAGUUUUGAUGAUGACAAGAACACAUUGGCAGAUGCAGUAGACAAGUACUGCAUUGGUGUUCCUCCCAUCCAGUGGCUGGCCUGGAUCCCACAGCUGCUGACAUGCCUGGUUGGCUCCGAGGGCAAACUCCUCCUCAACCUCAUCAGUCAGGUGGGAAGAGUCUACCCCCAAGCUGUCUACUUCCCUAUCAGGACCCUCUAUUUGACCUUGAAAAUAGAGCAGCGAGAGCGCUACAAGAGCGAUUCUGGGCAGCAGCAGCCAAGCUCAGUGGGCAGCCAGUCCCACUCUGCCUCAGACCCUGGGCCCAUCAGAGCCACUGCCCCCAUGUGGAGAUGUAGCAGGAUUAUGCACAUGCAGAGGGAAUUGCAUCCAACACUUUUAUCUUCUCUGGAAGGCAUUGUAGAUCAGAUGGUGUGGUUCAGGGAGAACUGGCAUGAAGAGGUUCUCAGGCAGCUGCAGCAGGGCCUGGCAAAGUGCUACUCGGUGGCCUUUGAGAAGAGUGGAGCUGUUUCAGAUGCCAAAAUCACUCCUCACACACUUAAUUUUGUCAAGAAGUUAGUCAGCACUUUCGGUGUAGGUCUUGAGAAUGUCUCCAAUGUCUCCACCAUGUUUUCUAGUGCAGCCUCAGAGUCACUAGCUCGGAGAGCACAGGCAACAGCUCAAGAUCCAGUGUUCCAGAAGCUAAAAGGGCAAUUUACAACAGAUUUUGACUUCAGUGUGCCAGGGUCAAUGAAACUUCACAAUCUGAUCUCUAAGCUAAAGAAAUGGAUCAAAAUCCUGGAGGCCAAAACUAAACAGCUUCCAAAGUUCUUCCUUAUAGAGGAGAAGUGUCGCUUUCUGAGCAACUUCUCAGCUCAAACAGCAGAAGUAGAGAUACCUGGAGAAUUCCUGAUGCCAAAGCCAACACAUUACUACAUCAAGAUUGCAAGGUUUAUGCCCAGGGUGGAGAUAGUUCAGAAGCACAACACUGCUGCUCGCAGGCUCUACAUACGUGGCCACAAUGGGAAGAUCUACCCGUACCUAGUGAUGAACGAUGCGUGUCUGACUGAGUCGCGCCGGGAGGAGCGUGUGCUGCAGCUCCUGCGCCUACUCAACCCCUGCCUGGAGAAGAGGAAGGAAACCACAAAGAGACAUUUGUUUUUCACAGUGCCUCGGGUUGUAGCAGUUUCUCCUCAGAUGCGUUUGGUGGAGGACAACCCUUCGUCUCUGUCCCUGGUGGAGAUCUACAAGCAGCGCUGUGCCAAAAAGGGCAUUGAGCAUGACAACCCCAUCUCUCGCUACUAUGACAGACUGGCAACAGUGCAGGCACGAGGGACUCAAGCCAGUCACCAGGUCCUCAGGGAUAUCCUGAAGGAAGUGCAGAGCAACAUGGUGCCUCGCAGCAUGCUGAAGGAGUGGGCCCUGCACACCUUCCCCAAUGCCACUGACUACUGGACCUUCAGAAAGAUGUUCACUAUCCAGUUAGCCCUGAUUGGCUUUGCAGAAUUCAUCUUUCAUUUAAACAGGCUCAACCCUGAAAUGCUACAGAUUGCCCAGGACACUGGCAAGCUGAAUGUGGCUUACUUUCGCUUCGACAUCAAUGAUGCCACUGGGGACUUGGAUGCCAACCGUCCCGUCCCGUUCCGGCUGACUCCCAACAUCUCCGAGUUCCUUACCACCAUUGGAGUCUCUGGGCCACUUACAGCAUCCAUGAUUGCAGUAGCUCGCUGCUUUGCACAGCCAAACUUCAAG